AAUCUCGGGGAGGGAGGAAGGGGUGUGUCUGCGUGAGUUAAUACAACAAUCGUGCGUCAGUGUAGUUGUGCGUGUGUACAUUUGAGUGCUGCGGCCGUUGAUGCAUGUGAAUAAGGCGAGUAUUAGGAAUCGUUACUGCUUAAUGAUUCGAGGAAUCGAAUCGACGUGCUGAUGUGUGGGCCGACUGGGCCACGCGUUGCGUCACUUCGCUGCAUCGCAAACUUGGGGGCAUUCAGAAUAUUGAUUCAAAUACUGCGCCAGGAAUCCGAUGAGCUGUAAAGCUCUUUUUCACAUAUGUCCAGGUUUUUGUCCACCCGGCAGGCCCGUAAACAAUUCCACUCAUUCAAUUAAAAAAAAUCCCGCAAUUUGCUCAUGAUAAUAAUAAAAAAACAACUCCUGACUCCCAUUGAUAAAUUCGUCCUGUACGUCGACAUUGACGUCGGGUCUUACGGUGGCCGCGACGGAACGCGACGCCCGCGGCGCGUGACGGUUUUUUUUUAUAAAAUAAAAAAACACAAAACGCGUUUUAUAAAUACACCCCCACGAGUCACGCGCCGCGGUUGGAGGCCUUCCAAAGAGAAUCGGAAACCCUCGCCCGUCCCCAAACGCGUGCAUUGCUCGGCCUCCGAGUUUCCCUGCAACCACGCGAAUUGCCAUCGCGAUUAUUUAAAACAAACGAACAAACAACAACAGCAGCAGCCGCGCUUCGUAACGACUCCAGCAGCAGCAGCAACAGAUGUUGGACGGCGCUGCACUGUUUGCCUACGCCGUGUUGCUUCGUGUUGGUGGCGGUGGUGGUGGCUAGGUGGACAGGUGCGGUUGGGCAGGAAAGUCCAGGACAAGCUCUGCUCUCCUUGGGAGAGAAGAGGAGAAGGAGGAACUGAGGGAUGACGAACAACCUCUUCCUCGUGUUGGAGAACACUCUCUAUGCCGCCGCCUUCCUCUCCGGCCUCAUCGUGGCUACGGCCAUGGCGAUAACGAAGGGGGCGUUUUCUGGCGGGUGCGUGCUCUACGGGGAGGCGGAGGUGAAGGCGGGAGGCGUGGCGAGCGUCGCGCACUUUGGGCACGUGUCGGCCUGCACCUUCCCGCUGGCGGCGGGUGUCAUGGGCGCCGUCUACGCCUUCUGCAGCAUCCUCUACUGGCUGCACGCCGCCUGCACGGAGGACGCCCGCAGGCCGGCGUGGUGGGGUGGUGUGGCGAGCGUGGUGGCGGGGGUGUUGGCGCUGCUGUUGCUGGUGAGCGGCUGUGUGCUGCGUGUGGGGCUGGGCCGCUGGUGCGAGUCUCUCAUCACCGCCUCCGCCAAGGUGCACCCGCUGCACAGCUGCAGGGACGCACAGGCGUUGAACUGGACCGACAGCCACAAUGGAGCACGGUUCUACGAUAACGUCAUCUCUGGGGAGACUGCGGUGUGGGUGGACCUGCUGGUGUGGGUGGGGUGCGUGGUGCUUCUGGCCGUGCGGGGCCGCGUGCACGGGGAGCCACCCUUCUCCUCACUGCCCGCGCCAGCGUCAUGGAACGACAGCUCCGUCGGGGAGCACACUCCCAUCCUCAACCCCACAGUCACGUGAUCCCCACCGCCCACUGCCAACCGACCACCGUCAAGCCAGCAAAGCCAGUUGCUGCCCUAACCCCAUUGCAUUGGGAGGGCACAGCAAAAUACCAUGAGUGAAACGCAAACAAAAUGAAAAGGGGGAGGGGGGGGGCUGAUUGCAGUGGUGGCCCAGGGGUGGGGGGGGCGGACAUAAAUAUGAAAAAAACCCAACAUAACAUGUAUUUUCUCUGGUAAAUAUCAAUGAAAUACCACACAACUGUCAGGCUCGCAAGGGGGGGGGGGGGGGUGUGCUCCCCACUAGCUGGUUGAAGCGUCAGAGGUGGGGCUGGGGUUUGGGUUAUGGGUCAGGGAUUGGGUAGAGGCUUUUUUUCCCGUGAGGGAUAGGGUUUGCUGGGCGAAGUGGCACACGCCUCUAAUGCACUGCUUUCGGAGAUAAGCGGUCGGUGGAUCAUAUAGAUUCUGUGAAACUUGCAAACCAGAGGAGUCGCAAGGUGACCACAAAAUUGCAGGACAGCAAAAGGAGUUCUGAGUCCAUCUGUGUGGACGUUUGAUUGAUUGCUGUUCUCUCAUUAAUUGUGGCUUUUCUCAUCAGUCCUCUGGGUUCCUACCACAUGCAAAGCUCUUGAUGAGAUUGACCAACCAUUCCAGGCAGAAUCCCACUGGAAAAAGAGCCUUAAGAUUCGGUUGGUUUUGUGAUUAUUCAAACUAGCAUCUGCACUUGCUACACCACGAAGGAUGUUCGCUAAAUGUACCAUUUGGAUGAAGUAAAAUGGAUGAUGAAACUUA